CAGUCCCAUAAUACUGCUGUGUUAGUUUGUGAAACAGAAGUUUAGUUAUUGCAGUAUUGUGUAGUACUCCCAACAGAAACAUGAGAGCUGCUCGAAGGCCUACAGUUUUGUUAGCUGUUCUGCUACAGAGUGUGGCUGUCUACGGCAACUUUUUGCUGGAGGUGCAGGUUUUGCACUUCAGCAACUCUGACAGUGACUGUGGGCCUGUGGACGAGUGUGACGUCUACAUCGACGGGAUGUGUCUGGACCCACAGUCUGGGGAGACAGGACAAGAGUGCUCUCUGGCAGCAUCUACUGAUGAUUUAGAUCUGUACAAAGGGCUGCCCAUGACAGGAAACCUCUCUGCUUCAUCUCAACCAUGGCCUGUGCACUUUCGCCUACGUAUUGUAGUCAUGGACUUUGAUUUAACCACCCUUGAUGACCACAUUGAGGACGUGGUGGUUCUGGAGUCCCUCAACACCAGUUCAGAGUUCAGUGAAGAGAUGGACUACAGAAACACUCCUGAUGGGAGGAUCACUCUGAGCAUGAGGUUCAGAGUCCGGUGCAGUGGAGGGUACGAGGGUCCCCACUGUGACUGUCUCCCUCAGAACGAUGACGUCAGUGGUCACUACAGCUGUCGGGAAGACAGAGGGAUCUCCUGUCUCCCUGGAUACACCAACACCUCCAACCUCUGCAGACAACAAGACUACUGCAUAGGUGCCGUGUGUCACUCAAACGGAACAUGCGUCAGCAACCCCACCUCCUACACCUGUGAGCAGGCUCAUCAAGAGCAGAGUGGGGAGAGCAGAUCCAGUGUACCUGGGGCUGUCAUUGGUGCAAUAGUAGCCGGUCUCCUGGUGGCACUACUGCUCUGUGCAGUGGUGGUGAUAGUCAUCAUUGUGUGUAUCGUACUGAGGAAAAAAAAGGUGGCCACGUAAGGAAAUACUGCACACCCCAACUCAGCCUGCUCGAGCUAACACAGCAC